AUGGAGGUAUAUUGGCGCAUCCUUGAUGUUGAAUCUUAUCCUAAACCCAGAAAUCUUCUUGCGCGUUUGUCAUCUUUGCCUUCUAUACACGGUACAGAACACAGUGGCAUUUGGGCGAAAACGUUCUAUCAAGCUAAUAAAAACCAUACUUCUUGUAAACUUCUAAUUGCUAUGAAUACUUUCAAUUCUCUUGUUACCUCUUCAACGUGCAUUGAUAUUAACACCCAACCGGGAUGUGGGCACAACACCCACCACUUUAUGUUGAAAGUCACAGCUGAAAAUUCCCGUAUUCUUUUGGAUAAAAAAUCAUUCGACGAGGCGCUGCGAAUUGCUGACAAACCUGAAGCCAAAAAUAUUGAUCCUUAUUAUGAAAUUGGACAACUGCGACAGAUCAGGACCAAAUUUGACGCGCUUCUCACCUAUUCAGCUUCAAGGGCAUCGCUUCUUUUCCGCUAUCGAUUAUGGCUUUGGAAGUGA